GGCCGCAUGUGGUCAUCCCACCCAAGGCACCUGAGCUGCGAUCCCUAAUGGCCUCCGAAGGCGAAGCGUUCCCGAUUUGAUCCGCCGAUCACCCUCCGCUCCCGAUGCGGCUGAUCUCGGUCUUCCUUCUCCACCUCCUCGUCAUCCUCUUCCUUCAGUCUCUGAGCUAUGCAGCUUUGGAAAAGGAGAGAACUUUGGCUAUGAUAAAACCAGAUGGAAUCCGUGGUAACUUCACGAACCAGAUAAAGCAUGUUAUUGUGCAAUCUGGAUUUGUCAUAGUCCAUGAGAUGAUGCUCCAGCUUGAUGUGAGAAAUGUAUCACUGUUCUACUCCGAACAUUCUGAAAAGAGCUUCUUUCCAAAUCUUGUUGAGUACAUGACAAGUGGUCCAGUGCUUGUAAUGGUUAUUGAGAAGACUAAUGCUAUUGCUGAUUGGCGUGCUCUGAUUGGACCAACAGAUGCCGGAAAAGCUAAAGUUUCCCAUCCCAACAGCAUUAGGGCCAUGUGUGGGUCGAAUUCUGAGAGGAAUUGUGUUCAUGGUUCAGAUUCUCCUCAAUCAGCUGCAAGAGAAAUUUCAUUUUUCUUUGGAGAAAUAUCACCUGGUAUUAUCUUGCAUGAUGAACUAUAGAGUUUUUUUGUUCUCCAAGAAGAUAAAUUUUGUUUAACCCGCUGAAGCUGCAAAGACCGGAAGAUACUCUUCAGAUUAACAUUAUCAACUCUUCUCCUUUAUCAUGCUGUCUAUUUCGAUCAAUCCAAACGCCUCACUGUGUAACAUCUACUGUUGGAAAUGGUAAGGGACCUCUCAUUUGUUGGGUUCUUCCCAGAUCUACACUGGGAAGCAUUGCAAGAGAACAGUCCUGCACAUUGCUGUAUCAAACAAGAUCCCUGAUAAGAAAGGAAAAUUAAAUGAAAGUGAUAUAAUUUUGAUGAUAA